AUGGUAGUGGUGGGGCGGAAUCAGCUUGCACGGCCAAGGGAGAAACAAUACUCAUUCAGAAAACUUACCGUGCUGCCACGUGAUUCCAGCGAGACUCUCAGCCUUCCUUGUAGCCUCCCCUACCUUCCCAGCACAUUGCGAACUGUCACCACCGUUCCCAUGAAAUUGGGGCCGGUUGAGAGUAAGAGGAGGAAAAGUAUGGAUUGGAACGCGAUUCUGGGAGUUGGGGAUUGGGAUUCUGCUUCGGCCUUGGGGGGUUCAUUGUGGGGUUGGUUGAUUGGUUUGGAUUUGGGGAUUAGGUUGGAAGGUAGGCUUGUGGAACAGAAUUUUGGGAGCGAGAGAAUGGUAAUUUGGUUGAAUGCGAUCGGGUUUUUUAGCGCGCGGGUCCGCAUGGAGAGAGUUAGAAAAAUUGGACAUUAG